GUCUUUUAGUUGUUUCCCCUUUUCAUAUUGGCCACGAUGUUGUAAAGUCAAUCAGGAUGUUUUGGCCUUGAGCCCUGUAAACUCCGUGUCUUGCUCUGUUUCCUUGCUCAUCUCAGAUCUGCCAGGAUCACAGCCAUAAGUAGGACAAAUGUUAUCACAUCCCUUACAAUGACAAUUCUUGGGCAGGAGGUCAAUUGCUAGAGUUAGGUGGAAAACAUUUUGGAUUAGAAUAAGAAACUGCCAAAAAGUUUUGUGUGUGAGCUGAGAACUUAAACUAGUAACUACAUGAGAAAGACAAUGAAGGUCAUGGUUCCUAUGGCAUAUAGGGUGAGCACAGAAUUUAGAAGCAGAACCUGAGUUUGGUUCUCAUCCUACCACCUGCUACAGCCUAAGUGAUUCAGUUUAUGGUGGUAUAUUAAUAACACUAAGAACUAACCGGGCUUUGGGAGAAUCAAAUGAGGUAUUAUAUGUGAAAUUUUCUUUUAAAAUGUGAUUAUUAGUUUAAUAAUGAAAUUAGGAAUGGGUAUAAACUACUAAACUCAAGAAUUUUUUGAUAAUUAUAUGAGUAUAUAUAGAGUUGGUUUUUUUUUUUUUUUUUUUUGGCGGGAGGCGUGUAAAGGUGAUUUGUUCACCAAGAAAAGUGUUUUUAGUAAAGCAUAGAUGUUAAUCUAGAUUGUGGCAAGGUGUCACACAAUAGAUUUAGCACUUAAGCAAGGAGUCUCUAGGACACACAGUAGAAAAUGAAUGAAUCCAUGAAUGAAUGGACAAGUGAGAGCCCAGGGCAGCUGAAGCCAUGAAAUGCUUUGGAAAGAGAAGCAUGCCUGGGAAAAGACAGUGGCUGCAUCCUAAGAGCAGGAUGAACACCAUGGAAAACUUGAAAUUGAAAACAUCACAAUUUUAAUGAGAAAAAGUGCAACCCAAAGUGAAGAGCACCAUGAUAACAAAGGCAAUGCAAACCAGUAAUGCAGAAUCCUAUUGCUCUAUAAAAAUUUGAAUUGCCUGAAUCUAUUACAAAUUUUUGCCAGUGUGCUUCCUGCCUCAAAGAUGGAUGCAAAGCCAGAUGUAAAGUCCCUCAUGGCGAAAUUUAACACAGGGGGCAACCCGACAGAGGAUGUCUCAGUCAAUAGCCGACCCUUCAGAGUCACAGGGCCAAACUCAUCUUCAGGAAUACAAGCAAGAAAGAACUUAUUCAACAACCAAGGAAAUGCCAGCCCUCCUGCAGGACCCAGCAGUGUACCUAAGUUUGGGUCCCCAAAGCCACCUGUGGCAGUCAAACCUUCUUCUGAGGAAAAGCCUGACAAGGAACCCAAGCCCCCGUUUCUAAAGCCCACUGGAGCAGGCCAAAGAUUUGGAACACCAGCCAACUUGACCACCAGAGACCCCGAGGCAAAAGUGGGAUUUCCGAAACCUGUAGGCCCCAAGCCCAUCAACUUGCCCAAAGAAGAUUCCAAACCUGCGUUUCCCUGGCCUCCUGGAAACAAGCCAUCUCUUCACAGUGUAAACCAAGACCAUGACUUAAAGCCACUAGGCCCGAAAUCUGGGCCUACUCCUCCAACCCCGGAAAAUGAACAGAAGCAAGCAUUCCCCAAAUUGGCUGGUGUUAAAGGGAAAUUUAUGUCAGCAUCACAAGAUCUUGAAUCCAAGCCCCUCUUCCCCAAACCUGCCUUUGGCCAGAAGCCACCCCUAAGUACUGAGAACUCCCAUGAAGAUGAAAGCCCUGUGAAGAAUGCGUCUCCAUCAAAGGGGUCCCCAGCUCCCCUGGGAGUCAGGUCCAAAAGCGGCCCUUUAAAACCAGCAAGGGAAGACCCGGAAAAUAAAGACCAUGCAGGGGAGAUUUCAAGUUCGCCCUUUCCUGGAGUGGUUUUGAAACCUGUUGCGAGCAGGGGAGGCUCAGGCCUUUCCAAAAAUGGUGAAGAAAAAAAGGAAGAUAGGAAGAUAGACGCUGCUAAGAACACCUUCCAGGGCAAAACGAAUCAGGAAGACUCGGCCUCAGGGGCUCCUCCUUCCAGGUUCCCUAAGGCCCCUUCUAAGUUGACAGUGGAGGGGCCAUGGGGCCAAAGUCAGGAAAAGGAAAAGGGAGACAAGAAUUCAGCCACUCCAAAGCAGAAGCCAUUGCCUCCAUUGUUUACCUUGGGUCCACCUCCACCAAAACCCAACAGACCACCAAAUGUUGACCUGACGAAAUUCCUCAAAACCUCUUCUGGAAACAGUACUAGCAAAGGCCAGAUGUCUUACUCAACAACUUCUCCGCCACUACCUCCACCAUCCCAUCCGGCCAGCCAGCCACCAUUGCCAGCAUCUCACCCAUCACAACCACCAGUCCCAAGCCUACCUCCCAGAAACAUUAAACCUCCGUUUGACCUAAAAAACUCUGUCAAUGAAGACAAUCAAGAUGGUGUCAUGCACUCUGAUGGUGCUGGAAAUCUAGAUGAGGAACAAGAAAGUGAAGGAGAAACAUAUGAAGACAUAGAAGCAUCCAAAGAAAGAGAGAAGAAAAGGGAAAAGGAGGAAAAGAAGAGGUUAGAGCUGGAGAAAAAGGAACAGAAAGAGAAAGAAAAGAAAGAACAAGAAAUAAAGAAGAAAUUUAAACUAACAGGCCCUAUUCAAGUCAUCCAUCUUGCAAAAGCUUGUUGUGAUGUCAAAGGAGGAAAGAAUGAACUGAGCUUCAAGCAAGGAGAGCAAAUUGAAAUCAUCCGUAUCACAGACAACCCAGAAGGAAAAUGGUUGGGCAGAACAGCCAGGGGUUCAUAUGGCUAUAUUAAAACAACUGCUGUAGAGAUUGACUAUGAUUCUUUGAAACUGAAAAAAGACUCUCUUGGUGCCCCGUCAAGACCUAUUGAAGAUGACCAAGAAGUAUAUGAUGAUGUUGCAGAGCAGGAUAAUAUUAGCAGCCACAGUCAGAGUGGAAGUGGAGGGAUAUUCCCUCCACCACCAGAUGAUGACAUUUAUGAUGGGAUUGAAGAGGAAGAUGCUGAUGAUGGCUCCACACUACAGGUUCAAGAGAAGAGUAAUACGUGGUCCUGGGGGAUUUUGAAGAUGUUAAAGGGAAAAGAUGACAAAAAGAAAAGUAUACGAGAGAAACCUAAAGUCUCUGAGUCAGACAAUAAUGAAGGUUCAUCUUUCCCUGCUCCUCCUAAACAAUUGGACAUGGGAGAUGAAGUUUACGAUGAUGUGGAUACCUCUGAUUUCCCUAUUUCAUCAGCAGAGAUGAGUCAAGGAGCUAAUAUUGGAAAAGCUAAGACAGAAGAAAAGGACCUUAAGAAGCUAAAAAAGCAGGAAAAAGAAGAAAAAGACUUCAGGAAAAAAUUUAAAUAUGAUGGUGAAAUUAGAGUCCUAUAUUCAACUAAAGUUACAACUUCUGUAACUUCUAAAAAGUGGGGAACCAGAGAUCUACAGGUAAAACCCGGUGAAUCUCUAGAAGUUAUACAAAACACAGAUGAUACAAAAGUUCUCUGCAGAAAUGAAGAAGGGAAAUAUGGUUAUGUCCUUCGGAGUUAUCUAGCAGACAAUGACGGAGAGAUCUAUGAUGACAUUGCUGAUGGUUGCAUCUAUGACAAUGACUAACACUCAGCUUUGGUCAUCCUGCUGUGUUCCUUAGGUGCCAGUGUGAAGUCUGGAUUUUAAUUGGCAUGUUAUUGGGUAUCAAGAAAAUCAAUGCACAAAACCACUUAUUAUCAUUUGUUAUGAAAUCCCAAUUAUCUUUACAAAGUUUUUAAAGUUUGAACAUAGAAAAUGGUCUCUCUGCUUAAUUGUUAAUGUAGAAGACUACAUUAGUGAGAUGUAAGAAUUAUUAAAUAUCCCAUUUCUGCUUUGGCUACAAUUAUGAAGAAUUUGAAGGUGCUUCUUUUAGACCAUCAGUAAAUAAUCCCCCUUCAAAAAGUAAAAAGAAAAGAAAAAGGAAAAUCAUUCAAGAAGAAACGACCUGUCUAAAAAAACCUACGGAAGAAUAAUAAUGUAAGAAAGGAAAUUUUAAAACAUUCCACAAGAAGAAAAAUUAUUGUUUAUACUUCUACUUAUGGUUAUAUCUUAUAUUCUCUAUUCAAGUGACCUGUCUUUUAAAAAGGCAGUGCUGUCUUACCUCUUGCUAGUGGGUUAAAUGUUUUCAAAAAUUAAAGUGUAGAAGAAGUUUUGUAUAAAAUUUGUCCCUAUUUGUUAAUUGUAUAUAAAUGUUAAUUAUUUGAUACGAAUGUUAUGCAUUUAGUAUGCACAUUGAAGUCUAAACUGUAGAAGAGUCUAAAACAAGUUCUCUUUUUGCAGAUUCACAUGCUAAUGGUUUAAUUCUGUGCUCUGUUUAAAGUACUAUAAUAAGUAGAGUAGAUCUGAAUGAGGAUAACCCUAAAAUCAUGAGGAAUGGAAGAAUGGACCUUGAAACUAGCUAGGCUUUUAUGGCAUGGCACCUAUUUAUAAUGAAGACACUUUUUAAAGUUUUUGUUUUUGUUUCAAUUACUGCUGCAUUUUUUUCUCUUUUUUUAAAAAAACGUUUUACUGGAAAGUUGGCCAGCAGAGGGAGUAGAAAUUAUUAAAACUCUAGUGUUUGGAUUGGGCCAUUCUCUAACAGUACAUACUCAUUCCCAAAGCAAUCCAAAAACAAAAUAUGAAGCAUUUGGGAUUCAAAUAUUAAGAACACUAAAUAGCAUGAUUUAAAAAAUGAAAAAUCCUAACACCCAAGAAAAGAAGAUAUUAAGUGCUUUUAACAACUCCUAGAGUACAAAAUGAGCAAAUCCUAAUGCUGGCCCUUUUACUAAUGAACCAUCAAGUGAUAUUGAAUAAAUUAUUUAUCUUCUCAGUUUCCUCAUCUGUAAAUUACAAGAUUAGACUAAGUAAGUUUUUCCAACUCUUCACUACCAAUUACCUUAGGCUUUUAUAAUGCUCCUCCUACUUCAGUCCCAUGUUUCAGAAGUUUUUGUCUAUUUUUGAAGCUCAUUGAUGAAAUAAUGAUUAAAGCAUUCUCCACAUUUUAAUAUUACAAAGGCCCAUUGGAGUUUCUGAAGCGGCCCCACAGAAUUGAAAUAAUUUCAAAUAACUGCAAAGGAACUGAAAAUCUUCACAGAGAUGAAGUGGGGUUUCCAUUAGGUGCUUUGAAAUUUGAUAAUAAAUCAUCAACUUCCACUGGUCAAUAUAUAGAUUUUGGGUGUCUGAGGCCUCCAGAUUAGAAACCACUAAUCUCUAAAGAUUCCAUCCAAUUAUGAAAUAUUUUGAUGUCUACUUGUAGGUAGCAUCAGCCAGUAUAUGACCAUGUGAUGAAUUUCUUUUCAUACUACAUAAAAUUACCUGGUUCAAAAGUGGUUUUUGUUUAUUAAGUUUGGUAGUAAAUAUAUAUAAUACACAGAAGGAUAGUUUUUAUGCUGAAGUUUUUGGCCAGCUUUAGUUUGAGUACUCCCUGAUAAGCUUGCUAAACUUUCAGAGUGUCCUGAGGCACUUCCAACCAUCCCUCCUCCUGCCUUCCUUGAGGCAGACUUGCAUUGCAGUCUGACAGCAGUUUUUUUUCUGAUUGAGAAUGAAUCAAUUCAAUACAAUGCCAGUUUUUAAAAGUCGAAGUUAGAUCAAGAGAAUAUUUCAGAGUUUUGGUUUAUACAUCAAGAAACAGACACAUACACCUAGGAAAGAUUUACAUAAUAGAUAAUCAUCUUAAUGUGAAAGAUAUAUUUGAAGUAUUAUUUUUAAUAUAUUAAAUAUGAUUUAUGUUAUAGUCUUAUGUAUGGAAUUUUGUCACUUGAGAUGAGCUGCAAAUAAAUAAUACCUUCAAUGGA